AUGCCAUACUCUUACCUAGAAAGCUCCACUUACGGAAAGGACAAUGUCAAGUUCUUGAAGGUCAAGAAAGACAAAACCAACCCAAAAGUCCACGAGAUCAUGGAAGCUACUGUUUGUGUUUUAUUGAAGGGUGACUUCGAGAUUUCUUACACGGAAGCUGACAAUGCCCCUAUUGUUCCUACUGACACGGUCAAGAACACCAUUUUGAUCUUGGCCAAAAAGUACGACACUUUCCCAAUCGAGAAGUUUGCCGCCAAGCUUGCUUUGCACUUUACCUCCAAGUACUCGCACGUCUCGGGCCUUACUGUGAAAAUAACUCAAGACCGCUGGGUUAAGUUCGAUGUGGAUGGCAAGGAGUCACAACACUCAUUCGUCCACCAAGGUCCUGAGAAGAAGAUUACGUUCCUUGACUAUGACAAGAAGAACGGACCCUCUAACUACUCGUUGUCAUCUUCUAUAAAGGACCUGACUGUUUUGAAGUCUACCAACUCGAUGUUCUACGGCUACAAUGUCUGCGAUUACACUACCUUGAAGCCUACAACAGACCGUAUCCUUUCAACUGAUAUCUUCGCCACUAUGGACUGGUGCCCCAAGAAGCUUGGCUGUCUGGAAAGCAUUGCGUCUGGAUCUAAAGACGAAAUCUUCACAAACGCUUACAACAGCGCCCGUGACAUAACGUUGGACAUUUUCGCCAAGGAAAACUCCCCCUCUGUGCAGGCCACAAUGUAUAACAUGGCGACCGCUAUCUUGAAGAUUGCUCCACAAGUCGCUUACGUUUCCUAUGAACUGCCCAACAAGCAUUACUUCCUGUUUGACCUCAAAUGGUUCCAAGGCUUGGAGAACGACAACGAGCUGUUCUACCCAUCUCCUCACCCCAAUGGUUUGAUCAAGUGUAAGGUCGGCCGCAACGGCUCUAAGCUGUGA